UCAUUCGAUGACCGAUUUCAGAGCCCGCGCCGGCCCCAAAUUGCAAAAAAUACGACAAAUUGCCCGCUGACCAGACACCCAUUUCAGUUCACCAUGGAAGUCACCGCAAGCACCUUGGAAACCAGUAUACAACAGAACGAUACCAUCGUCAGAGAAACACAGGAAACGGACGUUAUCGUCGUCAAGCGCGAACCCUGGUACAAGCAGCCCACGUUCCUUUGGAUUCUGAAAUCGACGGCCAUUAAUUUCAUUCUGCCAUUCUUCAAUGGUGUGAUGCUUGGCUUUGGCGAAAUUUUGGCGAAUGAACUGGUGUUCAAAUACGGAUGGUUUGGCUUUGGCCGGAUAUCUGCCGCGACUUCGGUGGGAUUGCGUGAAGGCGUCCCGCUCACCGCCACAGCCGAAUACCGAAAAUCCUUGCAAGCAGGGUUGAAACACCAACAGCUUACAGCCGAAGGAAACAGCGUGGCCAAGAACACCACAGAGUUGAGCCAACAACCGCUUACAGGAGAACAAGAUAGAAUUGCCAAUAAAAUUCACGCAUAAAUGACCAUCCAACUCUAUUCGAAUUCAAGUUUCCUGUUUGUUCAGUAACGAACAGAUAAUCUUAAUGCUAACGUGCAGUUUACCCCUACCCGUCAAUUUUCCUUUCAUGGCCCCUUUGAAAGAUGCCUUGCCUUACUUGGAUUUUUUCGAUCAUACAACAUUGAAAUAUAGGCGCAAUAGAUUUGUGCAGGACGUCGCUGAACGCAGCCUCACCAGAUGUAUUCAAACGCUCAGUGUGGUCCGUACAAGCAAGCAUCGAAUGUAAAGCAUAUAAUUAAGCUUCUUAUUUCAUUUUACAUCAGAAAUAAAAAAAGUAAACAUUGCGUUUCUACG